AUGUUAUGUACUUCUGGGGAGCUGUAUCCAAAUCGUGAAGACUACUACUAUUUUUGGUUGGCUUACACGACUUUUCUCAUGUUUAGCAUUGCAAGUAUCGUGGUAGCUCAAAUUAGUCUUUGUAUAUAUUUCGUUUCUAUUAAUCUGUCGAAAUUUGAGGUCGUUUGCUAUCACCUGGAAAGACUUCGAGAAAUGUCUGAUCAAUCUGAUGAAAACGAUCCCAAUGAAAUUGAGAAGAUAGUCAAACAUACUUGUGCUAACCAUUAUGAAACCUUAAAUUUCUUUAGGUUAUUUCAAAUAUUUAGUCGAAAUGUUUUAGCAUUUCUAUCUACUUAUGUUUUUGUUGCCUUGAGUACUACUGGUACUAUGAUUCUGUAUGCCUUUAAGAUCAAAAAUACUUUUCUUAUCCUAGAGAUGAUCGUUUCAUUUCUCUGCAUACUUUGUUUUGCUUUUUUAAUGGGCCAUAUCGGUCAAAUAUUAUGCAAUGCAAGUGAUAAUCUUUUCUAUCAAAGCUACUUUUGCGGGUGGUAUAAUUUACCUAAAGAAUCGAAAAAAAUUUUGCACAUGAUGAUGACUCGUUGUUUGACACCUUGUGAAUUACAAUCAGCACCAUUAUCUUUCAUGAAAUUCAAUUAUGAGAACUUUAAUGCUGUUGUCAAUACUUCAAUUUCAUACAUGACAGUCAUAGCUUCAGUUAUGUAAUGAAGUUCGGACAAAUUAAGCUGGGCACGAACUUUUAUCAAUAAACCUUAAAGUUUAACAAUCAUGCGUGAAAACACGUUGCUGAUACCAAAAAUCCAAACACUUUAUUUUUCCAAGAAGACGCUAUGUAUUUCAUGAUGUCAAUCAUGGAGUACUGAUAAACUCGAUAAACUGAAG